AACAAAAACAUUCGUCUCGUCAUUUGUCGUCACCCUUCGUGUCAAAACAACUUCUUUCUCGACCCUGCUAGAAAAUGGCUGGAACAGCUUUAAAAAGACUUAUGGCGGAGUGCAAACUUCAACAUAAUGAUAUGGAUACAGCUAGUUGUGUUCAACAUCUUCUUCCUUUGCAGAGCUAAACCUCAAUUCUCCAGAAGGCAUUGUUGCAGGGCCUGUAAAUGAGGAGAACUUUUUUGAAUGGGAGGCUCUGAUUAUCGGACCAGAGGACACGUGUUUUGAGGGUGGUGUGUUCUCUGCCAUCCUCAGUUUCCCAUCAGACUACCCCCUCAGCCCCCCCAAGAUGAAGUUCACCUGUGACAUGUUCCAUCCUAACAUCUACCCAGAUGGACGUGUGUGUAUCUCAAUUCUGCAUGCUCCUGGUGAUGACCCCAUGGGCUAUGAGAGCAGUGCUGAGAGGUGGAGUCCUGUACAGAGUGUGGAGAAGAUCCUGCUCUCUGUUGUCAGCAUGCUCGCUGAGCCAAAUGACGAGAGCGGGGCAAAUGUGGACGCCUCUAAGAUGUGGCGUGACGACAGAGUGCAGUUCAAUCGACUAGCCAAGCAGAUUGUGCGCAAAUCUCUGGGUCUCUGACUCUCCUGAAUACAGACACACACACACACUCUCUCACACUCCUGGACAGGGAGGAUUGACUGUUGAACAUCUAUGAGGAUAUAAACUCGCUACAGAAUAGAAAUAUCUCUGUGCUGAGUGUUGUAGUUUACUACCCCCCUACCUCCAACAGUGUGAGCACUUUAUUUAUACUCUCUUCCCUCUGCCUUGAUUGGGUGGAUGAGUGGACAAAUUGCUUGUGUUGAAGAAUGCAACCUUUUUAUACACUUACCAGACAGUGUGUUAAGCAUUAAUCACUGAACAAGUACACGAGGCUGUGAUUCACAGGCAUUUUGCCCUGCUGGUUUGGUUUUAUUCUGUUAUGCCUGUUACCUGUCCAUAGUUUGAAGUAACCAGUAGAAUGCAGCUUUGGUUUGAUGACAGUAUGCUGAUGCACAUUCAGAGCCUCCUAAUACAAUACUUUGUAAUGAAAAUCAUACAAGGUAGUAACAUAGACUAUAUCAGAUUGUUUUUUAUAAACAGAUUACAUGACUGAUCAUUUGGGAUGUUGAAAACGUUUUUUAAUUUGUGGUUGCAAAUUAAAAAUUUGUUACAAUUAAAAACAUUUAAUUACAUUUCAUAUGUAACAAAGUUUGAAAUUUGGUGAUUCAGAGUCUUUUCUUGUCAAAUGCUACUUUUUGGAUUUGUUUAAAGGAAUAGUUCACCCUGAAAACCCAUAUGUCUUUUGUUGUUCAGUGGAAAACCAAAGGAGAUGUUAAGCAAAAAUGACUGCCUCAGUCACCAUUCACCAGACAGUAUGUUAGUCUCAGUCCAUUCAUUUUCAUUGAUAUUUAUUCCAUACAAUAAAAGUGAGUGGUGACUGAGGCAGUCAUUUUGCUUAACAUCUCCUUUUGUGUUUGGGGGUAAACUAUCCUUUUUUUAUUUGAUAAUUUGUUUCUUGACUAUCAUCUGUUAUCACAAAAUAACAAUAAACUCUUCACGUUUAUUUGUUUACUGUAUAAAGAGGACUGAUGUUGUGUGCUGCCCUUUCAUAGAUUGGCACUUUGGCACAUUUCCAUGUUUCAUUUUAUUAUUAUUUAUUUUAUAUUUUACUUGUUUUUUUAGGGGGCACCAUUGACAGUGGUUUUUAGACUAAAUAAUAAAAAACCUACUUAGGAGUUAUUUAUAUAAAUGAUAGAUAUAUUACUUUAAAAUUGCAAUGAAACCUGUCAGCCAAUAUUAAUGUUUUUUUCUGUCUUUUUUUCGUGGGAAAGAGCAUUUUUUACAUUUUAAUAACUCCUUGUGGGUUCUACUGCUUUUCUUUUCUUAUUCUUCUUCUUUUUUGAGCGUCAGGUGGAUGGGUAGAUCAAUGCAAUAGUAAACAAUGUAACAAUGAACAAUAAUUUUACAGCACAUAUUAAUCUAUUAAUCUUUAAAAUUGUAUUCAUUAAUACAAGUUAUUGCAUUAUAAACUAAGAUGGACCAACAAUGAAC